AUGACCGUAAGUGACAGAGAAAAUGUUUCUGGAACAAUCGUGACUGAGUUUGUGUUGCUUGGCUUCUCUAACCACCAGGAAAUGGAGGUCCCACUGUUCAUCCUCUUCCUGACCAUGUACGUGCUGACAAUAAUGGGCAAUGCUCUGGUCAUUCUCUUGAUCCAUCUUGAUGCUCGCCUCCACACUCCCAUGUACUACUUCCUCAGCAACCUCUCUUGGUUGGAGAUCAUCAUCACCACCACAGUCACACCCAAGUUGCUGAGCCUUCUCAUCUCAAAGACAAAGACCAUCUCCUUCUUUGGUUGUGCUGUCCAACUGACAUUAUAUUUCCUUGCUGGAACUACCGAAGUCUUGCUCCUUGGGGCUAUGUCUGUGGACCGAUACUUGGCCAUCUGCAACCCAUUACGCUACACAGCUAUCAUGAGUAACCGAGUCUGUAUGCUCAUGAUGUUUUCCUGCUGGAUGGGAGGCAUUGCUUGCAUUGUGGUGGGUACAAUUUUCAAAGCUGGCCUGCCUUACUGUGGCCCCAAUGUCAUUGAUCAUUUCUUCUGUGACACAAGCCCCUUGACACAGUUGCUGUGUGCAGACACCACCCUGAUUCAAGUUGUAGAAUUAAUUACAUCCUGCUUCACACUGCUGACCUCUGUUUCUGUGACGGCUGUCUCCUACGUCUGCAUCAUUGUCACAGUGAUGAGGAUGCCCUCAGCUGAAGGUAGAAAGAAAGCCUUCAGCACCUGCAGCUCCCACAUCACUGUAGCUUCACUGUACUAUGGCAGCAGCAUAUUCAUCUAUGUUCGACCAGCCGGCAGCACUUCCAUGGAUUUCAAUAAGGUGGCCACUGUACUCAACACGGUGGUAACACCUUUACUCAACCCUAUCAUCUAUAAUUUUAGAAACAAGGUGGUCAAGGAUGUGAUGAGGGAUACAGUGAAGCGCAUUGGUGGUUCAUUAGUGAAGACAGUUUGA